GUAGAAUAGAAAUGACAUCUUCCUUUGAACGCAAAAUUGCAAUUUUAGAAGAAAUGUGGACGAAUUAUGGACCGAGACUAGCAUCAAAAUUGCUGACGCUGACUCGCAAAGGAAAUUUGCAAAAUAUUGGAGUGAGAAAUUUAAAAGUCUGAAGGAAAACACUGAAGUUAUGAUUAUUAGAAGUAUGAACGAUACAAGAUCGGAGGUCAGCCAAUUAAAGCAAGCUUUAAGUCGGACAAACUCAAAGAAUGACAAACAAGAGUGCUUUAGCGGUGCGGCAAAAGAUUAUAUUGGAAGAAGAAAAACGACAGUUUCCGGGUUACAAUGCCAGCGAUGGGAUAGUCAAAAUCCCCACGAACACCACUAUAAAGAAUCACAAUUCUCAGAUUGUUCAUUUUGCGAAGCUAGAAAUUACUGCAGAGACCCUGGAGAUGACGGAUAUCUUUGGUGUUAUACUACUGAUCUUAACAAACGUUGGGAAGGAUGUGGGAUACCAUGGUGUGAAGAGCCGGAAAGAAACAAUGACACGCACGAUUGUUAUCUAAUCACUGAAGAAGACAGGUUUAGUGGUGCAUCAGACAAGCAGAUUUGUGAAAGCAAUAGUAAUAGGUUUGAGGUGGUCAGUGACCAAAUAUGGCCUAAAUGCGAAGAAUGUUGCUGUCAAAUCAAAGACUGCUUCAAAACCAAUUGUACCGGAUGCUACACCGGUACAUGGCACCGUACACAGACUGGUCGUGAAUGCCAGAGAUGGGAUUCUCAAACCCCUCAUAAACAUGACAUGGCAGCUGGUGAGAAGUUUCAACAAGAUCAAUCUGUGACGGGUGCCCAGAAUUAUUGCAGGGAUCCUAGUGAAUCCGGAUUCCUUUGGUGCUAUACGCUGGAUCCAAAUGAAAGAUGGGAGAAGUGUGGAAUUCUUGAGUGUUGACACGUUUUUUCUUUGGAUUUCAUUUUGGCAAAAGUUAAAUUGGACUAACGAUGUAUAUAU